AUGGCAUCCGACAAGUCAUACAUCAUCGUCGGCGCUGGCGUUUUCGGCGUUUCGACCGCGUUCCACCUCAUCAAGAAGUACCCCAACGCAGACAUCACUAUAGUCGACCGUGAUGCUUUCGACCAAGAUACCCGUGUGGCCGCCUCAUGGGAUUGGAACAAGGUAGUCCGCGCCGACUACGACGACAUCGUAUACUGCAAGAUGGCUCUCGAGUCACAAGACAUGUUCCAGAAUGAUCUCCUGUGGAAGCCGUACUUCUACCAGACAGGCAUCUACUGGAUGUGCCGCAGCGACUACGCCCAGGAAGUCAUCGACAACUACAAGAAGCUAGGCAGAUCUGCCGACCUCGCAGCCGUGCCGAUCGACGAGGCUCGCAAGAUGUACGGUGGUCUCUUUGAGGACGCCGACUACACUGGAGUCAAGGAGGUCCUCAUCAACAAGACCAGUGGCUGGGCAACUGCUGGCGAGUGUCUGAUCAACAUCACCCGCGAGGCACUGAGACUUGGUGUCAAGUACAAGCAGGCCGAGGUCGCCUCGCUACUGCUCGACAACGGCCGCUGUGCUGGCAUCAAGACCGGCGCUGGCGAGACUUUGACUGCAAAGCACACGCUUCUCUGUACUGGAGCAUACACACCGAAACUGCUUGAGUACUGCGCUCAAGCAAGCGGCAACAAUGAACUUUGUGCUGGCGAUAGAAUUGUUGCUGGCGGUAUCACCACUGGUAUGACAAGGCUUGACGAGGAGUCUUACCGCAGAUUUGCUUCCAUGCCUGUCGGUGUGCAAGGCUACACUGCUGAAGCAGGACCUUUCAUCGGCAGUCUGCCACCAACCAGGGAUAGAGAACUCAAGUGGUGGGGUCAGAAGAUUUUCAAGAACGACACAGAAGUCUUGCCUGGACGCAUCGUUUCUGCACCACCGGCCAAGCGGGACUAUGGCCAGUGGGACGUCUCAAGUAAGCUGAAGGAGGACAUCGAUUACGCCAACCACGUAUUCUACGGAAAGAACUCUGCACACUGGAACAUGGAGAAACAUCGUAUUUGCUGGGAUGCUUUUACAUCCAGCUCAGACUUUAUCAUCUCACCACACACCGCCGCCAAGGGUCUCUACGUCGCAACAUGUGGCAACUUCCACGGCUGGAAGUUCUUCCCAGUGCUAGGCAAGUACAUUAUCUCCAUGUUGGAGGGCACAUUGGAGCCUGAACUGUGUGAGAAGUGGGGCUGGGACAGAGAACGUCCUGAUCCCAAGUUCUUUGCCGACUUCCCAAGACAUGACAUGAAGGAUUUGUUGGAUCCUGUCAGAACCGCCAAGCUAUAA